UUGUUAAAUUGUCACAAGUUCAUGUUGUGUGGUGUCAGCUGAAUCCAAUGUAUGUAUGAAAGAAAAUAAUGUAAAUGUACAUUAUUAAUAAUGGGAGGACAAAAAUUUGAAUAUGAUGAAAGCGGCUCGACAUUCUUCUAUUUUGUUUUAUCGUUUCUUGCAUUAAUAUUGAUUCCAGCGACAUUUUACUACUGGCCAAGAAAGCGAAAAGAAGAUCCAGUCAAAUUAGCAGAACAAUGUCAAUGUCCGGGUUGUUUAAAGAAAAGAAUAAUUAUAGAACAAUCACAACCUUAUAAAAAUGUUAAAAAUUUCUUUGUAAUGUUAGCCAUAGUGUCCGGAUGGGUGCUAUUAGGAUUUUUAGCAGUUAAAGUAUCACAGUUUGAUUAUGAAAUGUCCAAUUUUGAUCCAUAUGACAUCUUGGGUUUACCACCUGGUGCAACUCAAGCAGAAAUUAAGAAGUCAUAUCGUAAGCAGUCACUUAUCCUGCAUCCUGAUAAGGAGACUGGUGAUGAGAAAGCUUUUAUGAGACUAACAAAGGCUUAUCAAGCUCUAACAGAUGAUGAGGCUAGGAGAAACUGGGAGAAGUAUGGUAAUCCAGAUGGGCCGGGGGCAAUGAGUUUUGGUAUUGCUUUGCCGAGUUGGAUUGUGGAGAAGGAGAACAGUGUGUGGGUGCUGGGGCUUUACGCUCUUGUGUUCAUGGUGGCCUUACCAACAGCUGUUGGUACUUGGUGGUAUCGGUCUAUUAGAUAUUCAGGAGAGCAAGUUUUACUUGAUACAACUCAAAUGUAUUUUUAUUUCUGUCAUAAAACACCAUCUAUGCCGCUCAAAAGGGCUCUUAUGAUUCUUGCUGCUUCUUGUGAGUUUGACCGUAGACAUAAUUCUGAAAUUAUUGAGAGGAGUACAGAUAAUGAAGAAGUGCCUGCUCUGCUACGAGACCUGCCAAAUUUAGGAGAAAAAAAUAAAGAACAACCGUUGUGCCGGCCCUACAGUGUGAAAGCUCGUGCGUUACUACAUGCGCAUUUGUCACGAAUGAAGCUUCCUGAGGAGACGCUGGAAGCUGACCGACGGUAUAUUGUGUCUAGAUGUCCCGAUCUCAUUGUGGAGAUGGUCAAUUGUGUUAAUCAACUUAUUGCAUUAGCAUACGCUAGAAGAAUCCCUCGCCUACCAACAAUUGAAACAAUCGAAAAUUGUAUGAAAAUGUCCCCAACAAUAGUGCAGGGUCUUUGGGAGUACAAAUCACCUCUAUUACAAUUACCGUACAUCACCGAAGAUCACUUAAAGUAUUUCACAAACAGAAAGAAGCAUAUAAAGUCUCUGUUACAACUCGCACAAUUGCCAGGUGAAGAGAGAAGACAGGUGCUACGGUUUUUAAAUGAUAAACAAUAUGAUGAUGUCAUGAAAGUCUUAGGAAAUAUGCCUUAUAUUCAUUUCCAAGUAAACACUGAAGUAAUUGAUGAUGAAAAUUCAACGGUUGUAACAGCAGGAGCUAUUGUAACAGUAACUGUACUCCUACAAAGAACUAAUAUGAAAGAACUUUUCGGAGAUACUACUAUAAAAGAGAAGAAUAAUAUAAAGGACGAGGAAGACGGCGCGGGCGCGGGUGAAAACGGCGAGAAUGACAAGAACGAUAAGAACGAUAAGACCGAAAAGAAUGAAAAGAACGACAAGAAGGACGCGGCCCCCAAACGGCCGGUGUGGAUGAAACAAGGCAAGAAGCCGGUUAAAAAAACAAAAAAACCGGUUGCUAAGCAACAGGUGAAAGCGGCGCCUGCCGCCCCUGUGCCGCCCUCCCCACCGCCAGCCGAUGUAAAGAAGAAGGAACCAAAGAAAAAGGAUGAGGAUGGCGAAGAAUCCGAAGCGGGCAGCUCCGACGAGUCGGGCACGCACAGCGACGCGUCGGACAACGAGUCGCGCGACAAGUCGUCCGCGGUGGACGACGACGACGACCAGUGGGAGAAGUUCCAGAAGCGCCUGCAGAAGCGCGAGCGGCUCGAGGGCAGGUCCAAGAGCUCGCACCCCGUGCACUGCCCGUACUUCCCGUUGGAGAAGCAAGAGUUCUGGUGGUGCUACAUCUGCGACCGCAAGUCGCACACGCUGCUCACCGCGCCGGCGCACGUGACUGCGCUCGUCGACUCGCACGAGCUGCAGCUGCGCUUCACGGCGCCGCGCUGGCCCGGCCUCUACACGCUCGCGUGCUGCCUCCGUUCUGAUUCAUACAUCGGUAUGGACCAGCAGCAGGACAUGAAGCUGGACGUGAAGGAGGCGGCCGCAGUGCCCGCUGAGCACCCGCAGUGGGACCUUAGCGACUCCGACACGGAUAACAACGACCAGGGAGGCAACGAGAGUGAAUUCACAACAGAUGACGAGGUCGAGGAAGAGUAAAUUAAAUAUUAAGUUAUUUUUAUAGAGUUUUUAAUGAGGUGUACACGGCAUUUAUUGUUGUAUGGUUUGAGAGCGAAUGAAUAUAGUAUCUUUUAUAUUCAAA